GUUUUUUGUUUUAGAAUUCUUAAGCCUCUCAGAAGGGCUAGAUCCGUUUUUAGGUGCUAUUUUAUCUUACAAUUUAUGGAAACUUUGGAAGGUCUCAACGCAAUUCAUGUCACUCGUCAAUCUGCAUCAAAACACACAAGAAUGGGCUCGUGGACGUCGUCUUCAUCGGACGAUAGCGACGAUACUAAGGACACUACAAGCCCGCCGCCUGUACCAACGUCUUCACCAUAUUCCGCUGCGUCGUCAAGUGCUGUCGGCUCCGGCUCAGACGGCUCUCUAGCCGACACAAUUCAGGUCGAAAAUGGGUCUGCCAGUUGCAAUGACCAAGUGGAAAUUGAGCCUAUAACCCCCGCCCCCACCGACUGGACGUCCCAUGAUCGGUGUCCCUACUACCCUCCCAGAAGUGAUGGCUGCACGGAGCCUCGUUCGUGUCGAGACUGCCUCAAUAUCGACGUCGGGGGCUCGGACAGAUGCAUGGUGAACCAAUAUGGCCGCUGCGUGCGAAAGACGCCGGCCACGUUCUCCAAAGAGCUGGUCUUCUGGAACCAGAACGCUUCCAACUAUAAAGACCAGUGCGACGACCAAAAAGUGCAGUUUCCAGCGGACAAAGUGGACUAUUGCUCGUACAAGGACAAGCAGUGCAAAAAGUGUCGAGAUACGGUGUUUUCCGACGUGAUGCACGGGAGAAUCGACGGCUCGUUGACGAAAUUCUGCUACGGCAAAGGAGGGUGCGUGUGCAUUGCAGUGUGUGAAGCUCCGAUCUGGAAAAGCACCGUAGGCCAGACAGUGUGCAAUGGCACAGUCGUCAAUAAGGACUAUGAGAGCCAACACGCUAAUACGUACGGAGGCUCUAUGGGUACGGAAGGACAUGGAGGGCCUCCGAUUGGCAACAUGUUGAUGGGGAUUGUAGGAGGAGUGGCUGCUGCCGUGGUGCUCAUCGCCGCAGUCAUUUACAUCCGCAAACGUCGAGCAAGCGGCGACAGUUCCGGUGGAUCGAGUGGAGCAAGCAACUCGGGGGGACAGACUGGCAAUACACAGGGAGGGGAAGACGCAGCCACUGGAGCCGAGGGAUCGGUGCCUAUGGCGGUGCCAGUGGCGUCUCAGUUGAGUCUCUUUGGCUGGCAAUCCAUGAGAUCCGAGCUGAUCGAGAGAGAACAGUUGCUCCUGGCUGGAGUGGAGGACUUCUCCAACGUGAGAACGGGAUACCUGCAACUCUUAGAUGUGGACGCCUCUGCCCCUCCUCAGGAGGAGGACGACAGCUCAGCUCCAGUGUUGCUGGUCCCUUUGGCAGGUGCAUCAGCGCCGUCAUUCUCCCCGAGAGCUCUUCCUGUGGCUCCGACUGCUCCGUUAGUGUCGCCCUCAGCACCUCCAGCUUCCCCCACGCUUUUGGAGGAGGAGUUAUUGUAAAAA